GCACGAAGCCCUCGCUCGGCGGGUUCCGCGGCUGGUGGAGACGGGAUGGACAGCCCGCAGCCCGCACCCCCCGAGCUGUAGGUUCGCGGGCCCGCCUCGACGGCAUCCCUACUAUGGGCCCAGUCUUUGGCUGUUGGGGGCUGCUCCUUGCAUAGACUCCCAGCUCCCUGGCGCUCGCACCCUGCGCCCUCUUCAGAGUUGGGCAAAAAAAAGUGCUCCUCUUUGUAGACGCCCUCCGACCUCCCCCCCAACCACACCCAGUGGCAGAUGGAUUUCUUUGUAACUGGCUUUUUCACUUAUAUCAUCUCUUUUGAUCACUGUACCUGAUUAUGACAUUGUCCAAGCAUUAAGUUGUGUGCCUUUGUUCCUGGGAGAAAGUUGAUACUAGCAGUUCCCUGUUCUUCCUGGCUUCUGGACUUGGUGAAAAACCCAGGAUUCCUUUCUUCUUUCUCAUGUGUUGGCCUGAGCCUUCUGUCACCCAAAUAGCGCCAGUCUGACCUUUCAUUCAAGCCUCCAUCUCUCCUAAGGGAAGCAUCCUAUAAUCCCUAAUGUGAGUUCAUGCUUGAUGGUAUUUUACAUCUCUGGUUCCUGUGAGUGGCCUGUAAAUCAGGUGAAUUGAUUCGAGGAAAAUCCUGGUUAUUUUGAAGAUGUUGCAGUUCAGUAUUAUUUUGUGUUUAAGUCGCAAAUAACUUCACAAGUUUUUAGAACAAAAGAAACUGGAUUUUGCUUAAUUAAAUCAUGCCAUUUGAACAGACACAGCUAUUUUGUGAUGGAAAACAAACUAAUUUGAAAAAAUUUGAUAUAAAAAAUGAAAUAGCAGAUACUAUUGGAUCAGUACCUACACCAAAAAUUUCUGACACUGGUUUUCAUUAUGAACUUAAAAACGUGAACAUUAGUUUGCCCAAGAUAAAUAUUCCAAAUGAAAUUUUAACGAAACAUGAAGUUGAAAAAUACAAAAUAUUAUUUCAGAGUAAACCACAGACUGCAAGGAAAUCUAUCAGAGUAAAGACUGUAAGCUGUGCCAAGGAGUGUGUACUGCUUUGUAAAUCUGAACGAGCUGAAGACGAGAGUGUAAAUAUGUCUGCAAAAAUACUCAACUUUCGUUGUUUGAAAUGCCAAGACAGUGCUCAGUAUAGUCCAAAUGAUUUGCAGAAACACUUUGAAACGUGGCAUCAUGGUGAGUUGCCUUCAUUUCCUUGUGAAAUGUGUAGUUUUUCAGCAAAUGACUUCCAGAUAUUUAAACAACACCGAAAAACCCACAGGAACACUUUUGUUAAAUGUGAUAUUUGUAACAGUGAGCGUUCAUAUACUUUAUUGGACUUGACAAAACACUUCACAUCUAAGCAUUGUGUUAAUGGAAAUUUUCAGUGUCAAGAGUGUAGAUUCUUUACCCAGGAUGUCGGCACAUUUGUUCAGCACAUUCAUAGACACAAAGAAAUGCAUUAUAAAUGUGGGAAAUGCUUUCACCUGUGUUUUACCAAGGCAGAGCUUCAGAACCACCUUCGUGUCCACUCUAGUACUCUUCCCUUCAGUUGUCACUACUGUAGCUAUGGUGCCAUCCAUAAAGACCAACUUAUCAGACAUGUCAUAACAUUGCAUAAAGAACACUUAUAUGCAAAAGAAAAACUGGAAACAGACCAAUACGAUAAAAGAGUGGCAAAGACUACAACAGGACUUAAACUAAUACUUAAAAGAUACAGAAUAGGUCCAACAAAGACGUUUUGGAAGCGUAAGACAAUUAUCAGUGGGAAUGACGAAAGUAUAGGAAAAAAUGCUCAAGUGUUUACUAUAGUGAACAAAACACAGACCAAAUCUGAAGACCAGAGUCAAGAGCAAUUAAAUGAAGAAAUGGGUGAAAGGCUGCACUGUGAGAAUGGUGAUAAGCCCACAGAAUCAGAGUCAGGAAAGUCAACUCUGCUCUCCAUUGGGCAAUAUAAUAAAGUUGAUGAGGGAGCAAAUGCUACUUCAAGUUUUGUGAAGAGUAGUGUUCAAGGGCCUACAGUGUUGCUGGUGAAAAAUAAUAAGAUAACAAUUCCUGCUAACUACAGUGCUAAGUUUAUGGGCUUCAAGAUGGUAGAUGGGAGACAGCAUAUUGUAAUAAAAUUGUUGCCUAACAAUAAACAGAAUUUACCUUCACCAGCCUUAAAAACGGACACAGAAAAGGGUAGUACAGCUAAUUUGCAACCCCAGGCUUUGGACAACACUGGAUUUUCAAGUGGAGUAACAACUGAGGUGAGUGACACAGAUUUUGUGAAAGCAGCUUCACUUUCAUGUUCGUCUCCUGUGAUUUCCAGGAAAGUAAUUUCUGAAAAAGAAAUGGCUUUCGUAUCUGAAAAGAGUAAUAUGCUUGAGACAGUGGAUGACAAUAAAAGUUUAUCUUCUUUGCCAACAACAUCAGAGUCAGUUACUGCAUCGGUGAGUUUGACUACGAAAGUUAAAGCAAGAGAUAAUCUUGACUUAUGGGAAAAUCAUACCACUCAGAGUCAUCCAGAUAUAUUAGACACCACCAUCAAAAGUCCGGAUAAACUCACCCUUACAACUAAGCCAAAUGCAUACAGUUGUGAAGAUAUGCAUAACUAUUGCAUUAAUUAUGUCAACUCUGAAUCCUCCAACUCUUCUGAGUUCUCCAACCAAGGAUCAUUACCUUUUCAUAAUUACUCAAAGGUGAAUAGUAAACAUAGGUUUUCAAGAACAGCAGUGUGUGAAAACCAGAGAGAGACUUCAAACAAAACAAUUAAUCCACAGUCAACUAGUGAUAGUGAUACAGAUUCACCACUAAUGAGAAAAGAGAGCUCCAACUCGGAUAGCCUGUUAGCAUCUGUCAGCCCUUUAAAUGGCGAAGAAGGAACUUUAAAAAUUAAAACUGAGAUUGAAGAACCAUGUAAUUUAGAAGAAAUACAAAACUUUGAUGAACAAAAUCUCUUCACCAAUGAGAGCCAAAAUUUAUUGAGUGUGACUGAAGAGCCUAAAUGGGUCGAUACUCACAGUGCUGGCUCUCCUUUGAUGCCUAGAAUCACAUCUGUUUUCUCUCUCCAGAGCCAACAGGCUUCAGAAUUUUUGCCACCUGAAGUAAACCAGUUACUUCAAGAUAUAUUAAAACCAAAAUCUGAUAUAAAGGAAGACUCUAACAACAUUCCUAGUGAAAACCUUCCAAUUGAUUGCGACCAAACACUUAAAAAAGCUGAGGAAGAAGAAAUGAUAGUGGAAUCUUCAAAAGACUUUCAAAUGCAAGACAUCUUCCCAGUUCCAUCUGCCAGUGUAGGUGUUAGCAUGCCUGCAAAUGAUCCGAAUUUAAACUGUACUGGACGAGAAAAGCGAGUGCUGUCAGUAUUACAAGAUGUGAGAGAUUCAGAGGUGACUGGUAAAAUUCCAAAUAUCAUCACGUUACUUAAAACUCAGUCAGAUGCAAUAAUAACACAACAACUUCUAAAAGACAAACUCCGAACCACAACACAAAAUUCAGGUCCUGUGUAUGUUCAACAUCCAUUUCUAACCUCAGAACAGAAAAAUUCUUUAUUGGUUCAAACUCCAAAAGGUUAUAUUAUACCACUGCAUCUUGCUAACAAACCUGGAAUCCAUGUUUUCUCUGGAAGACCACUUUCGUUGGUUAAUACACAGAAUGUACCUGCUUCUCUCAUCAGCAAGAAACCUGGAAUGGUUUUGACAUUUAAUAAUGGGAAUCCUGAAGGUGUUCGCACUGUCAAGACUGAGGAUGUUCAUAAAUAUGGAACUGUGAAUAAGGAACCUUGCAAAACGCCUUUUCUGAAGGCAGAACACAACAGUAACUGUCUAACACCUGCACUUUGUUCCAGUAUUGGCAGUUGUGUGAACACGAGAACUUGCUCAGAGAAUACAUUGCCAUUGAAAGGUCCUUAUAUUAUUAAAACAUCAGUAAGUUCUUCAUUGAGAGCUGUUCCUUUUCCCAGCCUUCUACCUGAGCAGCAAGGCCCUAAGAUGAAUAUCUUGGGUACAGUAAAGCAACAGAAUGAAAACUUCCCAAAAGCAUCUCUCUACACCCUCAUACCUGAUGGUAAACAAGCUGUAUUUUUUAAGUGUAUGAUGCCAAAUAAUACUGAACUGCUUAAGCCUAAAUUAGUCCAAAAUCGUACUUACCAAUAUAUUCAGCCAAAGAGACCUGAAGGAGCACCACAGAAAAUACUGGUGAAAAUUUUAAAUCCUGUUUUAAGUUUAAGUGCUGCUAAUAAUCUUUCAGUAAGCAGCUCUGCACCCACAUUCCAGAAGGAGAUUUUACCAUCCAAACCGCCUGUACGUGGAGAGCAGAAAGAGCCAGAAUCUUCAAGAGAUGCCUUAUCAGUAGAUGAUUUGAUGCCGGCAAGUGAAAUUCUUCCUUCUACUGCAGCACACCCAGAAUCUUCUGAGGAGCUAGUAUGUAUCAGUGAACAUUCAGGAACAAGAGUGUUAAGAUGUAAAGCAAAUUGUACAAUUGAGAGAAAUUUCAACAAGAGGCAGACAUGUAAAAAUAAGUUUGCAAAAAUUAAAACUCGUAUAAGUCAAGACUUUGAAACUGCCUUUUUAUCUAGAAACAGAAGCUGUAAACGAAAGUACAUUGAUAAUUACCAAGAACCUCCAAGGAAAAAAUCAGCAUUGCAUAGAAAGUGUAAAGAAAGGGCUAAUGCUGAAGAUGUUCAGGAAACAUUUGGAUUUUGCAGACCUAGGCUUUCAAAGGAUUCAGGUAGAACUUUGAGACUUUUCCCUUUUAAUUCCAAACAGCUUGUGAAAUGUCCUAGGAGAAACCAGCCAGUUGUGGUUUUGAACCAUCCUGAUGCAGAUGCGCCAGAAGUAGAACGUGUAAUGAAAACUAUCGCAAAGUUUAAUGGACGUGUACUGAAGGUUUCAUUGUCACAAACAACUAUUAAUGCUUUGCUGAAACCGGUUUGUUAUAACACUUCUGAAACAACUUACAGUGACUUUUCCAAGAGACACAAAAUGCUUAAACCUGUUAAUUCUGUAAAAGAAAGAUUUGUCCUUAAACUAACACUCAAAAAGACAAGCAAAAAUAAUUACCGGAUUGUAAAAACUACCUCUGAAGAUGUCUUGAAAGCCAAGUUUAACUGCUGGUUCUGUGGUAGGGUUUUUGACAAUCAGGAUGUGUGGGCUGGCCACGGGCAGAGACAUUUAGUGGAAGCUACUCGGGACUGGAAUAACUUACUGUGAUUACCAAGGAAAAGAUAAGAUGAAGGAAAAAUAUGGGUCAAGUUACCAUAAUGCAGGCAUUUUCUACAUCGGUAUAGUUUUUGGACAUUUUAAAGAGUUGGUUAUAUUUCUGUGGAAGAACAAAAAGCUUUAUGUGUGGUACUUGAAAAUGCCACAAUUAUACAUGUUUUUGAAAGAAAGUAAUUAGCACAGAUAGACCUUUAUUUAGUUGUUUAAAAUGCAUCUAUUGCUAUUUGAAAGGUAGGGCUAAGAAAAUUCUUGACAAAAGAGUUUUCCCAGUUGAAUAAAGAGACUGAAUAGAGGGUUAUGGUGGACAGCCUCAUCCCCUUUCCUCUCCCACCAGCCUUACAGAUUUGACAGUUUUUCUGGAGGUGGAGAAGAACCCUUUCACACUUGAGUUUGUUACUACUUGUUAAGAUGGACUGAGCUUGGAUAAAGUUACUUUAUCUGUUAUAGUUCAUUUGAAAAGUAUUGAGUUCCUUUGAAGCUAUAUCUUACUGGACUGUACUUAAAUUUGAAAUAAUGCUUGAAGAGUUUUGGGCAAGUAACUCCUGUUGCUGUUACUGUGCCUGAAUCAGAUUGGAAUACCCGCUCAAGAUGAUGGUCUUUUCCUGUGGCUAGCUCAAUCACUGCAGUAAAUGGGCCAGUCUCCAGAGGAGAAAUAAACUUUUUGUUAAAUCCACUUGAACUUCAAAAUUUUCCUGAAUUUCCAGUGAUUCCCUUGCACAGAACUGUGCUUAUCUGAUUGGAAGUGUCCAUAACCAAAUGGCUUUUUUCCCUCCCUUGCUUGGCAUCCUUUCAAAAUGAAAAAAAAAAAGAACAUAGAAACACUUCAAAGGGAAUGGCUUUUCUUGAAAAAUUAAAAAAAAAAAUUAUUUUUACAGAGAUAAUAUUUUGAAGCAGGGUUAGCAAAGCAGAUUAUAUCUUUGCUUUUGUUUAAUUACUGUUCUUACCUAAACAUGUCUACAGUAGGACAGACCAUUUUUAUUAGUAACUUUUCAGGUUGACCAACAAUCCAAAAUGGUAUUAAUAGCGGCGUUUGAAGAUAGAGGAGCACAGCAUUAAAGAUGGACUCAGUAGCAGUUACAUAUAACUUUUAAGAAAAAUUCCUAAGAGACAUGCCCAACAAUUUCAGAGUGGACGUUUUCAUAACAGUCCAUUGAUUUAACUUUACCAUACACAUUUGCAUUUUUUUGCCUUAUUGGGUAAUGGAGUUAGAAAAUGAUGUACUAUGUAAUGUUUUGUUUUGUUGUUACUAUACAUGUUAAUAACAUUUUCAUUGAUUGGAUCAAAACUUCAGGGCUUUUUUGUAUAUAACAAAAUGUACAUAUUUUUGUACUUGAUUAUGUAAAUUUGCACAGAAAGUUUAUGACACAAAAAUUAUUUUCUUUCAGUUCUGUGCAUGCAUUAAUAAGAGUGGGUGGUUUAAAAAGAGAACACGUACCCAUGUUAUUUUCUUGGAUUUUUUUUUGUGACUUUUUUUUUUUUUUGGUUGGGGGCAUUUUAUUUUAUUUUUUCAGGGAUUAAACACUAUUGUUAGCAAGUGCCUAAAAAUGAUGUGAACAGUUUACAUAUGUCAACUGUAACUGUAGGUCCUAGGUGGGCCUACUCCCCUAAUAGUUUUGAUUUAAACAAAGCCAUAAAUAGAUGCUUCAAGCUAUAUUGCUAUGCACAUUAUACUUGUACUGUUUUGUGCAGUUUAUCUACUUUCUUAGUGGAGUAUUUUUUGUAUAAAACCUGUUAUAAUUGUGUUUCUUGAAUUGAGCCUGAGUGGAAUUGAUUGAAAAUAUACAGUAUAUAUUAAUAAUGUACAUGAUGUUUAAAGACUGGUAAGCAUUGUUAAUUUCCUGUUCAUUGUUAAUGAAAGUUUUCUUCAAUUAAACUUAAGCUUGUGUUUA